CCCUUGCUUUGACCGCGGACUUUUAUGACUCAAUCUAUUGUUCUCUGGGUACAAGCAUGCAUCGUGCAUUUAAGCUGUGGACGCUUCCACAGAAGCCACAGUACGCGAACAAAUUUAAAGCACGACAGUUCCUCCUCGUCGUUUAUUUCAAGCAGAUCCCCAACUUGACACAGUACCACAUCUUUUCAUCACAGUACCCGCGGUUAAAAGACUACACCGCGUAAAAUGAACGAAGGAAUCCUUCCUCAUGGUGCCCACUCAUCCAACAACCUAACCCCAGCUCCAAGUCAAGGAGAACUUUUCAUGGAUGAAACCACACUCGGCAAGCUAUCUCGUGCACAACUACAGAAGGUAGCUAAGGCUCGUGGAGUAAAAGCGAACAUGAAGAGCGCGGUAAUCAUUAGAGAGUUAGUCAGACUCAGCAAGGUUGUUCCCCUGCUUCAGGAUGAAGAGAGCCAAGAGCCACCGAGGAAGAAAUCAAGAACGAUGGAGGAGGGGUGUCCAGCUGCCGGUCCUUCAACGCGAACCAUAGAUUUACCUAUAGAUGCAAGUUUUGAUCCUCCCAUUAUCAAGGAAGAUCACCCUACACCCAUCCUGAUUCUGGCGGAAGAAAACAAGACGCCUACAAAAGCAACUGGACACACUGGUGUCAUCUCUACCGACAAUCUAACGAGAAAAUCGCCAAGUCUUUCCCCGUUAGUGGCAAGUCCCAAUGAGCACCCAGCUACGGAUGAUGGCUCCAGUGAUUCGGAUGGUUCCUACCUAUCCUACGCAAGUCCCAGUCGACAGCGAUCCCCUGUCAGCUCGCGUGCAGGAACACCUCCUCCCGAAGAACCACAACUGCUCAGCCGGGCUGUGGACAUCAUGAAACAGAUCACGGCCGACGAUCAACGCAUUCUCGUCCAGGCCGCCGCUCUCCGCCAGAGAGCGGCGGGGCUGAAAGAGCAGGCGAGGAAAGUGCGGGACGUCUUGCGUAUCGAGCAGGGACGUCGUGUGAGAUUGGAGGCCUACUUCACGUACUGGAGAGAGAUCACACCUGAAUGGCCAAAAGAUUGGAUCUACGAAGAAGGCGAGGAGGAUCUGAUCCGGACAGAGCGAGUGCUGAGGACUAUGACACCAUCGCUACCAUCGACAGGCCCGACAGGUCCACCUACUUUGUCUUUUGACGGACGGGACGCACUGAACUCUCAUAGGGAGUUGAGACGCCGUCAACUUCAGCCACGACAUAUAGGUCAUGAGGAGAAGAACGGGGCGGCUGCCCCUCCUGCAGAAGUCGAGCAAGCAGAUAAACAUGCCAAUCACCUGCCUUCUCCACAGUUUACAACCAAAGGAAGACCGGCAAAACGAAAACAGUGUACUUGAAUCGUUGACGAUUAUGUUACUUUACCCUCAGUCAUGGUAUAUCCUGUUAUAAUGCGUAUCACUCACAAGUUCGUGUAAUUGUUAUACCUCGCCAAUUAAAAUCAAUGAUGACGCCUGCCUGUCCAUCUGUC